GGUGUAGGAUAUAAUGAUUGAGCUUUACUUCUACCGGCCUGCAACUUCUAGACCCACUGUUUUUGAGCUUCUUUUACACCCAGAAAGGAAAAAAAAAGCUCAUUUUUUGGUUGGGAAAAUGGGUGAUGAAGUGAUAUUGUUGGAUUUCUGGCCUAGCAUGUUUGGGAUGAGGCUAAGAGUUGCUUUGGCUGAGAAGGAGGUGAAGUAUGAGUACAGAGAAGAAGAUCUGAGGAACAAGAGUGAGUUGCUUUUGAAGAUGAACCCGGUUUACAAGCAAAUCCCAGUUCUCAUCCACAAAGGGAAACCAGUCUGUGAAUCUACGAUCGCAGUGGAGUAUAUUGAUGAGGUGUGGAAGGAUAAGGCGCCAUUGCUCCCCUCUGAUCCUUAUGAGAAAUCCCAGGCCAAGUUCUGGGCUGACUACAUUGACCAGCAGAAGAUAAAUUGGUUGGGUUAUAAACUAUGGGCAACAAAGGGAGAAGAGCAUGAACAUGAGGCAACAAGCAAGAAGCUGGUAGAAUGUUUGAAGGUGUUGGAGGGAGCACUUGGAAACAAGCCAUACUUUGGGGGUGAGAGCUUUGGGUUUGUUGAUAUUGCUCUCAUUGGAUAUAAUAGUUGGUUUUAUACCUAUGAGACCUUUGGUUGUUUCAACUUAAAGGAAGAGUGCCCUAAGUUGAUUGCUUGGGCUAAGAGGUGCAUGGAGAAGGAAAGUGUGUCUAAGUCUCUUCCUGAUCCUAACAAGAUUUAUGAGUUUGUCAAGUCUACAAGGAAUACGAUGGGAAUUGAAUAAAUAUUUACUUCAAUUAUAAAUAGAGUUAUGUACUUGGUUGAUCAACUGCCUUAUUAGACUUUUCGAAGGUUUAUAUUGGUUGGGUAUGUUUUAAAAUU